AAUUUAACCAUUAGUAAUACUUCUUACGCCAUGAAACUCACAUCGCUCAUCGGAAUCUUUGCUACGCUUGUAGCUACAAGCAGCGCCACUGGUAACUACUGUUGCACCAGCGCCGUCAACACGGAUCCAAGUACCGGAAGAGCAGCAUACUGUUGUCAGAAUGGUUCCAACCCAAACAUUGGCGAUGGCUGCGAUCGUAACCACGAUUACCCAGUUGGCCGCCAAAACGUUCUCUUGUCAAGUGCACAUUGCGGCCCUGGUGGAAGUGGAAAUGUGGGUGAACAGCAUUGAAGAUUGGAGAUUUGGGGAUUGGGGUGUUUACGAUGUGGUUUAGGGAUGCCCUGCAGUUAACAGGACAUACUACCUAGAAGAAUCACAUAGCCAAAUACAAACUACCCAGGAUAUAGCUGUUCAACAAUGAGCAAGCGGCAUCCAUCAAGUAUCUAGGCGUAGACAGCCUAUUUUGAUUAUACAUUGUUUUCAGUUCAGACUUGUUUUACACUCAAGCUAGAAAGCUGUCAGAACCCUAGCUGUCAC